AUGUAUCUGAAUGAAACUAUUCUAAUUUUUAGUACUACAUCACAACUUGCUGGUCUUCGAUUAGUAACUAAAUCGAUUCAUCAAUCUACUCGUGAUGAUGACAAAAAUGUACAAUGUGCAGGACUUCGAUAUAAACCAGCAUCAAAUGUAACUAGCGAAGUAUAUGUUCCUCUUCAAAAUGUAUCUAUCGAAGCUUGGAUUCAUUCUUUUGCUGCUGAUGUUACAUUGACUCAAAUAUUUAUUAAUCGAGAAGAAAAUCCUAUUGAAGCAAUUUAUGUAUUUCCUAUUGAGGAAAAUGCUGCUGUUUAUUCUUUUACGGCUGAAAUCGAUGAUCGAACAAUUGUAGCUGUUUUGAAAGAAAAGAAAACAGCAGAAAACGAAUAUGAAUCAGCUAUACAACAAGGUCAAACAGCAAUCUUGUUGCGACAAAGUCAAGAAACUUUAGAUACAUUCACAAUUAAUGUUGGUGCUUUACCACCUGGAAAAGAAUGUCGAAUAACGAUUCAAUAUGUCACUGAAUUAGAUUUAAUUGAUGGCAAUUCUAUUCGAUUUGUUAUUCCUACUACUAUUGCUCCACGAUAUAAUCCAUCAAUAGGUCAUCUACAAUCACCUGAUAAUACAAAAGCUGAAUAUGUUCAAAAAACUCCAUAUUCAAUGUGGUUUCAAGCACAUGUUCUUCGAGGUGAACAACAUAAAAUUAUGCAAGUAGCUAAUCUUUCACAUCCGGUAAAUGUUAGUAUGUCACUUGAAUCAAUAGAUGUUUCUUCACAAGCUAUUGCUCUUGAUCGAGAUAUUAUUUUGGAUAUUGAUCUACCAGAUAAUCGAUCAACAACAUUUGUUUCUAUGGAACAAUAUAAUGAUUCUUCAAAAUAUGCUAUUCUUCUAGCAUUUACUCCACGUUUUUCUGAUUUUCUCAAAAUUUCGGAAGGAAAAGAAGAUGUGAAUACAGAAUAUAUUUUCAUUGUGGAUUGUUCAGGUUCAAUGGCAGAAAAUAAUAAGAUUGGUCUUGCUAGAGAAGCUAUGCUCCUCUUCAUACGUAGUUUACCUGUGGGUUCUCAUUUUAAUAUUAUUCGUUUUGGCUCAAAUUUUGAUAUUCUCUUCAAAGAUGAAGUUUUGACUGUUGUUUAUAAUGAACAAACUGCUAAACAAGCUGAAGCUCUUACACGUUCAAUGGAUGCAAAUUUUGGUGGAACAGAAUUACUCGAACCUUUGAAACAUUUGAAAAAUAAUCCACCAAUCAAAAGUCGAUCAAGACAAAUUUUUCUAUUGACCGACGGAGAAGUUUCGAAUACAGAUGAGGUAAUUGAACUAUGUCGUUCGAUGUCUUCAACCACACGCAUAUUUUCAUUUGGUCUUGGUUAUUCACCAUCUCGUUCUCUAGUAAAAGGUUUGGCUCGUGCUACAAAUGGUCAUUUUGUUUUCGUCCCUCCAAAUUCAAAAGUCGAUACAUAUGUAGGUAGUCAAUUUAGUCGAGCUCUUCAACCAUCAUUAAUAAAUGCUCGACUUCAAUGGUAUGGAUUAUCUACAAAUGGAUUACAAGCUCCAAAAACUAUUCCACCUCUAUAUGUAAAUGAUCGUGUCUUGGUUUAUCAAUUAUUGGAAAGCGAUAACUUGAACGAUCAAAAUGUUAGUGUAGAUCUUAUUGUUGGGGAAUAUAAAAUUAGUUCGAUCAAAUUAUCUGGUAGUAUUGCAUCCAAAAGAGAUGUGAUACGUCGAUUAGCAGCUAAAGCUCUAAUACAAGAAUUACAACAUGAAACUCCUGACACAUCAGAAAAAGAAAAUAAUUCAACGAUUGAACAGCGCAUUACUGCAUUAUCAAUAGACUAUCAAAUUUUAUCGCCUUAUACAGCCUUUGUUGGCAUAGAAACAACCAGUCCAAAAAUCAAUAAUACUCUUUCGAAAAUUCGUCAUAUUCCUAUUCAAAUAUCAAAAGGUGACGAGAAUUUAAUGUUUUCUCCACCAUCAUUUUCUGCCUAUUACUUUGGAGGUGGUAUGAGACCUAUGGGUGGCUCAGGAGCAUUUUCGGCUUAUCGUGCGCCACCAUUUCCAGCGAGACCGUAG